GAGACUGUCAACAAAUACCUCUUGGGUGCUGCUCUCCGGACACCUGACAGCUCUAGGCGCCCGAUUUUCUUUUGGAUACUGUUGUUUUUCGCAUAUCGUUACCGUCCAUCAAAUGUUUGAUUAGCCCCCUCAUUUUGAGCUCGAAUAACCGGAACCCCGCCUUUCCGGUCAUCUGUCGUUGUAAUCGGGUCAUUUCCCACCAGUUCUGCGCGAUCCUUUCUCCAGAGCGCUUCUUCCCUCUGUUUCCUCAUUCGAUCGACGUUUGUCCGCUGGAUUAGCGCUUGGGUUCACCGUUUGAUCACCUCGCGGCUUUUGUUUUUUCCUUUCAUUCUCAACUGCGCAUCAAUCAGCCUUCUACAUAUUGAACCCUGAGCGUAAAGCGAGCAAAAUGGCUGACGAAGAUGGCGCCUUUCCAAAGGAGCUUGUCGUCGAGGCUUGCCGACGUGAUCAGCCUCAUUUGCUGGAAGAGGUGGUGAACGACAAUUUCGCAAGCAAGUCCAAGGAAGAAAUUGCAGCAUUCUUCAACGAUAUCACAGACUCCAUGGGCAAUUAUGCUCUUCAUAUCUGUGCUAUGUACGGCAGCUAUGACGCGAUGGAUUGGCUUUUCGAUGUAGAGGGUUUCGAGUGUGAUCCCCAGAAUCGAAUUGAGAAAGACACUCCUCUGCAUCUGGCCGUUCGCUAUGCCAACGAAGAGGAUAUCAAGCUUGGUCUGGCAAUGGUCAAAAUGAUGCUUGAAGCUGGCUGUGACCCCAGAGUCCGAAACAAGGCCGGGAAGAAGCCCGUUGACUUCACAAUCCCUCAAUACAAGGAGGUCAAGCUUGCAUUGCAAAAGGCAGAGUAUGCCCUCCAGGAGGGAGUGGAGCACGAGGGCCAAGACGAGGAUUCGGAUGAUGGGACGAGUGGCAGCGACGGUGGGUGAAAAAGCAAUUUUUGGGUGAAAUGCACGGGUUUCAUAUGUCAGGCUCCAUCUGAUCCCCCCGCGCUUUACAGAAAACAAUUCCUUCUUCUUCCCCACAGUCAGGAAGCAGUGAAUAUUCAAAUUUGACUUUGAUUUUAUAUGAUGAUACGACGUCUUUUACUUUCAACAUGAGCAUGGCAUGGUGUUCGGCGAACACAUGAGGCCUGGAAGAUUCGAAAAGCAAGACAAUAAAAAAAGACAAGGAAAGAAAAACGAGUACUGGACCAGAUCGAUUUGCUACGGGUAGUAGCCAAAAUCUCCCAGGAAUGUUAUGGCCUUUUUAUCUCCAAGAACCCAGUGUUGCAUCUCUUUUACUUUUUCUUAAAUAUCCUUUGCAAGUUUGACAAUUACGGGCAUAUUUUUAUCCUAGCUCCGCAUAAACUACUUAUUAAAUCAGAGGUAUAAAUAAAGUGUCAGUUUUGUAUUAGGA